UCUUGACCGUUCGUGGAAGUUGAGAGAGAGAAAAACAAAACUAAAGUCUUUCCUUUUGUUUUAUAAUACAGCUCAAGAGAGAACACGGCUUUUAGAGAGAGAAACUCUCUUUGUUUUAGCUUCACAGCAGUCUCAGCUGGUGCUUGAUUGCUUAGAGGGGUUUUUUCCCCCCCUGAUGUUUCCAAGUCAAGACUUUGGUACACAUUGUAAGAACAGAUCAAAUGCCAUCACUAAAAAUGAAGACCAAACUAAGCACAGGUUCAUUAAGAGAAAAAAAUUGUCUGAGCGUGUGUCCAAAGUCUAGUAUGAUAUCCAAAAAAUCAGGCUCUCAAGUUACAGUUUCUCGACAAUCGACAGAACUUGAUGCGUAUAUUAAGAAGUGUCAGAAUGGCUAUGUUCCCUUUAAUAAAGAAAUAUAUACCCCAGAUAUUGAAAGUGAUGAAGAUGUUGACCAGCAAGAAUUUCAAAAUGAAGGAAAUUCUCAGUUUCAGAAUCACUCAUCAACUUUUGUAGAUUCCAGCACUGUGGGGAGAAUGGAAUCAAACCUUAACUGCACAUCAAACUUGGAAACAAUUUUUUCUCCUGCUUUGGAGCCUGUGGAAAUCCAGAGUGUGCCAAAUAUUGAUGAUGAUACAGGGAGCAUCAAAGAUCUCAAUGUGCUGGGCUUGGCAGCUGAUGACAGCGAUGAUAACAGAAGCUCAUGCGAUUAUCAAACAUGCAAUGUCUCGGAUUUUUUUAUUUCUGACAUGAUUAUUGCCAACUCACCAUUUGAUGGAAACACAGUGGAUGAUGAUAUUACUGAGACAAAUCCUUUUCCUGAUUAUAAAUGCACUGAAUCAAGUAUGUUGUUUGAUGUGGCUGAGGAAUGUAUGAUGCUACCUUUUCUCGAGGACACUGCCAAAGUGAGCAAUUCCUGUGAUAUGAGACCAUGUGAAGAAGAAACAUUAGACCCGGAUAACUCUAGCUUAUACCUAGCAAUUAAUCAGAUAAGAUCGUGCAACCAGGAAUCUGAUCUCAAUUCUGACUCAGAUCAGGCAGAAGACUUUGAUCCGCAGUUUUUUAUCAAAAAUUUGCCAGAACUAUCUGAUGUGGAGUCAAAUUUUCGGCCUGCUGUAUCCCAAAAGGACUCUUGGAGAAGGAAGUCUAUAACACUGGUGCUUGAUUUGGAUGAAACUCUAGUCCACUCUACGCUGGAACAUUGUGACGAUGCAGAUUUCACAUUUACUGUGUUUUUCAACAUGAAAGAGCACAUAGUUUACGUAAAACAGAGGCCUCACCUCCACAUGUUCCUGGAGAGAGCUGCAGAGAUGUUCGAAGUUGUUAUUUUUACAGCUAGCCAAAGCAUCUACGCUGCACAGCUAUUGGACAUACUGGAUCCAGAUAAUAAGCUUAUAUCUCGGCGGGUAUACCGGGAGUCUUGCAUUUUUACAGAUGGGAGUUACAUGAAAGAUUUAACAGUUUUAGGUGUUGAUCUUGCAAAAGUUGCUAUUAUUGAUAAUUCUCCGCAGGUUUUCAGGUUGCAAGUAAAUAAUGGAAUUCCUAUUAAGAGUUGGUUUAGUGAUCCAUCAGAUUGUGCACUAAUUUCAUUACUUCCAUUCUUAGAGACUCUGGUUGAUGCUGAUGAUGUCCGUCCUAUCAUCGCAAAGAGAUUCGGUAACAAGGAAUAAGAGCCCCUUUUCCUUAUUAGCUUUGAAUAUAGCUCCUUGUCCCUCCAAUUUAUUUUUUUAGUAAAGUUUGUCUCUAAUUAGAUGUCUCCUCUUUUCUCUGUGCUUUUGAGAUUAUUAACUAUACAAUAAACUAGCAUACGUCUUGUUGUCAAGUCAGCUCUCAGUGCAUGUUCCUUAUCUUUUCUCCUUUCAGCUGACAACUUCGUUGGGAGUUUUUUCUAAUUUUUCUGAAAGGUAGUUGUAGAGAUGUCUGUUUCAUUUAUUGUACAGUUCAAGUUGCAAUGAAAUUCAUAAGAGGGUGUAUAUGAAUUGAUAUCUUGUGAAAUAUAGUUUUGGAAACUCUUGCCGGCUUGCUUAGCUGGUAGUUGGUGCCCUUGCAAGUGCGGUCUUCAUUGCUUCUUUACUAUCUAUUUGCCUUUCUUCCUAUGAAAGCAGUCAAAAACCAUGUAGGAUACCACUAAGAAAUUAGAUCUUUGGGCAUGAAAUUUUCUAGGAACAAUCCGCUUCACUUCUUUUUUACUUUUGUAAGUAUUGGUUGAUGUUUUCAUCAGGCAUAAGUAGAAAGUAGAAUUCAGUCUAGAAACAGCAUAGCAUGACAAAGUAGUCUGGUAAAUAUUAAUAUAUGAUUUUAGAUGCAUGGAUGCCUUCAACUGUGGAACACUAAGGGAAGUUAAACUUUGAACUUACUCAUGUUAAAAUACAUUGUUUAUCCCAUGAUUAAUAUAUAAAGCAUAGAAUAAAAUGGAGUACACAUGAACUCCUGUGUGAUGGAACAACAAUGACUUAUUGGCUCAAUUAUGUCAAAUAUAGCUGGUAAAAGCAUAUCUUACCACACAUUUAACAACUUAUGUGCACGGAAACACUCCUGCAUUUCUUUAUGUUGUGUUAUGAUGCUUUAAUAACUAGUGUCGUCAGAAUUUUUAUGGCCCACAUUUUUUAGCAGGUUAAUAAAUAAAACAUUUCUGUUAUCUGUACGAUGUGGUGCAUAGCAUAUAUUGAUUGAGAUUUUUCUUUUCUCCUUGUCUUGAGGCGUUCGCUACAAUGAUAAUCAUAUUUACUUGACGUUAGCAGUAUUAGUGGCUUUUAGACAUUGUUUCUUCUAUGUUUGCUUUUUUUUUUUUUUUCCAGUGAUUUUAUGUGUCAUUUCAUGACUUGGCUGCAUGACAUGCACAUUGAACAUGUUAUAGAAACUCAAAGCACUCAUUAUCUCCUAAGAAUUAUAGAGGCAGUUUCUAGUAAGAAGUCUUCAUUGUUCAAUUUGGAAAAGGAAAAAUUCGUCAUCAAGAAAUAUGAACGAUGCAAAAAAAUCUUCAUUUAUAGGAAGAUGGUGAGCUGCCUGUGGAAACAAUGUAUUUUUACUAAGGGAAAAAUGAUAGACAAAAAGCACUAAAAUUCUAAGUUUCCAAGCAAAAUGCAAUUAGACUUUUCUCAUUUUUUCUUCACACAGAGUGCAUGGCAUACGAACUGUCCAAAUAAUUAAGUCACUCGGACUAACAAACUCAAUUGCGAAACUAGGGACGAAGGAAAUUUUAAUUUCAGGACUCGUGUUCCUGAUUCUUCAACUCUUGAAUGUUCUAUGCGCAGAUAAAGUCUUUUGAUCACAUUUGAGGUUUGCAUUUGUCAUCCUUGAAUAUUUUCUAAUUGUUGUGUUUCUGAAUCUGACAGGUCAUUUAACUUGGUUUGUUUAUUCAGCUGGUUAUGCAGUGCUCUUUUUUUUAUUAUUUUUUUUUAUUUGUUUCCUUUCCUUUUUCCAUUGCCCAUAUUUCAUGAUAUUGAUUUUAUAUACUUAGGUUCAUCUUUUAAGUUUUUUUACAUCCUGUCUGUUAUUCUUUUUCACUUAAGAUGCCCUAGUUUCUGAAUAUCCUCUAGAACAAAUGAUGUCAUAACUAGGGAAGGUCAUCUUGUUGGCUGGGAAUUUUGAGAGUUAAGAGCAAAAACAAUGAAACAUGAAGUUGCUUUUGUGAAACAUGAAGUUGCCAUACAAGUGGGAAUCUCCAUUGUACUGCUCUACCACAUAAUGAUUUCAUCUUGCUAGGUUAUGUGAUUGAUGCGUUUUUAGUUUAAGCGCCGUAGCCUGCAAGAACGAGGGGGUUGGAUGCUAGUGCCUUAAUUUGAGUUUGAAGUUGAAAGGUGAUACAUAGGCUGAUGAUGUAGGAAGUAUCUGAAUGAAAGAGCCCUCCUUGAAUUGGGGCUGCUUUAGGUCCCAUUGGAAGCCCUUAAGCAGAUUAUGAGAAGGAAAGUUUUGAUGCCUAUCUUUCAAAUGGAAGUGGGAAGAAUGUGACUAGAAUACCCAUCAGUCUCUGAUAACAUAUGCUAAAUAUUGCAAAUUUCCUCUUUUAUAAUUUUGCAUGCCUUAUCUGCAGGUCAUGGGAGGAACGUCCUAUAUUAUCUGCUAAUGGCAAAAAUGUAGGUACGUUGAGUUCCAUUAUUAGUUUGUUACUAUCUUUCUUAAACUUGUAGUUACACCAAUUUGUAAGAUCAUGAAUUAUCCUAACAAUUCUUUUACCUUGAAUAUCCGAUACGAUGUUAAGAACAGAUUGGACUGUAUAGUCUCAUUUGAGCAUGUUAAGAUAUUUAGAACUUUAUUGUUCUUUUGUAUCCUUUUA